GUUCCGGGAAAGAAACAAACAAAAAACAAUCAUUCAAUUUAUGUUAUUUAAAUUAAGUGAUUUGUAAUUAUGGAGGGAAAACUGAUUUUAGUAUUGAUUAUUUUUCGAAUCUCUAUGGCAAGUGCAGACUGUGACAGUUUACCAGUUAUUGAAAAUACGCACAAUGAUGCUGGUGGAGCUGGACCGUAUGCGUCUGGCACUGUUGUUAAGUUUGAGUGUAAACUGGGUUUUAAUCCUGUAGGAACAAGCAAGGUUUACAAAUGUUCUGGGAAUGAAUGGGUUGAUGGAAACUUGAAGUGUGAGAAGAUAUACUGUACAUAUGUCAAAACACCAGAUAAUGGACGGGUAGUUAACACACCAACUAAUGAGGUGGGAACGUCUAUAAACUUUGUGUGCAAUGAAGGAUAUGAUAUGAAUGGAGCCAGUAACAUGGUCUGUCGAACUGAUGGUCAGUGGAGCCCAAAAAGUCCUCCGAAAUGUCAAAUUAAAAUGUGCGGAGAGUUUGGAUCAAUACAACAUGCCUCAGUUUUUCAGAAUAUAAUUAAUAGUGUAAAAAAUGGCUAUGGAAGCAUUGUUGAAGUUACAUGCAAUACAAACUAUAUUUUAAAAGGGUCACCCAGUGUUAUGUGUCAGGCUAAUGGUACCUGGGGUGACAAACCUACUUGUGAACAAAGCCAAUGUCCUUCUUACCCAGGUUUGAAUUCCUCAUGCAUAAAACAUGCCGAGCCAGCUGGUAAUUUUUUCUACAUUUUUUGUCGAGAGGAUGUUCCAGUGACCCGCACCGGGCCUGAUGCAACUGAAUGUAUUUCUGGAAAGUGGGAUAACACAGAAAUGGCUUGUUACUGUAACUGUAAAGUUGAAGCCGACACAAACCUUGUGUCAUUAAAGAAUGCCAUAAACGGCGGUUAUAUAGAUCAUACAGAAACUUUAGAUUGGAGUUGUAAAAUGGGUUCAACAAAAGUUACAACAAGUGCACGUGAUUGUUAUGAUGGAAAUGUAAUUAAACCAGUGUGCAAAUCAAAGGAAACCCCAGUAACAGUAAAAUACAAACCAGUUACUGAUGAAAAUGGAAGUACUGACAAUCCUCCGCAAAGGACUACCGCAAAGCCUUUGCCACAAGAAUCAACACCAGUGGGAACAAUUGUUGGAGGAAUCCUAGGAGGGAUCGCAGUGAUUCUUGCUAUAGUAGGCGUUAUCUGGUGCAAGAAAAAGAAAGGAAAUCAUGAAGCUGGUAACGUGAGUGGGAAGAAGGCAAUGUUUACGAAUGGUUUUGUACCUGGAAAACGAAAAAUGGUUUCAGUUAAAAUUUCAGAUGGUUCUGUACCUGGAAAACGAAAGAUGACUUCAGUUUAAUUUCAGAUGGUUCUGAAAAAAAAAUACAGAAAAUGGAAAGGAAAAUAUGAAACUUGCAGAUGGUACUAAAGGUGAAGCUGUAUAGAUAUGAACAGUAUUUGGAAUACUAAAGAUGGUUCUAGAUCAAAUUUCAAAGAUAAAGAUGUUUCAAGAUUUUUGAAAUCCCCUGACCGGUAGCCAAUUUUGGGUCAAAGAGGUCCAGAACAAGAGAGCCAAGGUGGCCCUAGGUCGCUCACCUGAGAAACACACUAUAACAAUGUAAACAUGUUUGACCUAGUGAUUUCAUGGAAACAAAUAUUCUGGCCAAUUUUCGUUAAGAUUGGACCAAAAAUGUGGUCUCUUGAGAUUAAAAAGGUAUUUUCUUAGAAAUGACCUAGUGACCUAGUGUUUGGCCCUAGAUGACCCAUAUUCAAAUUUAUCCUAGAUUUUAUCAAGGCGAUCAUUCUGGCCAAAUUUCACGAAGAUCAAUUGAAAGAUACAGUCUCUAUCACAUACACAAUGUUUCCUUUGAUUUGACCUAGUGACCUACUUUUUGACCCAAUAUGACCCAUAUUCAAACUCGACCUAGAUUUUAUCAAGGCAAUCAUUCUGACAAAAUUUCAUGAAGAUCAAGUGGAAAAUACAGUCUCUAUUGCAUACACAAAUUUUUUCUUAGAUUUGACCUAGUGGCCUAGUUUUUGACCGAAGAUGACCCAUAUUCAAAUUAGACCUAGAUUUUAUCAAGGCAGUCAUUCUGAUCAAUUGAAAAAUACAGCAUCUAUUGCAUACACAAGAUUUUUUCUUUGAUUUGACCUAGUGAACUAGUUUUUUAAUUCCAGAUGACCCAUAUUCGAACUUGACCCAGAUUUUAUCAAGGCAAUCAUUUCGACCAAAUUUCAUGAAGAUCAAUUGAAAAAUACAGCUUCUAUCGCAUACAUAAUGCUUUUAUUUGAUUUGACCUAGUGACCUAUUUUUUGAUUCCAGAUGACCCAUAUUGAAACUCAACCUAGAUUUUAUCAAGGUUAUGAUCCUGACCUAAUUUCAUGAAAAUCAAUUAAAAAAUACAGCCUCUAUCGCAUACACAAGGUUUUUCUUUGAUUUGACCUAGUGACCUAGUUUUUGAUCCCAGAUAACCUAUUUUCAAACUUUGCCUAAACUUUAUCAAGGCAAUCAUUUCGAUACAGCCUCUAUCACAUACACAAGGGUUUUCUUUGAUUUAAUCUAGUGACCUAGUUUUUGACCCCAGAUGACUCAUUUUCGAACUUGGCUUAGAUUUUAUCAAGGUUAUCAUUCUGAUCAAAUUUCAUGAAGAUCAGUUGAAAAAAUACAGCCUCUAUCGCAUACACAAGGGUUUUCUUUGAUUUAACCUAGUGACCUAGUUUUUAAUUCAAGAUGACCCAUUUUCUAAAGUGGUCUAGAUUUUAUCAAGAUAAUCAUUCUGACCAAAAUUCAUGAAGAUCAAUUGAAAAAUACAGCCUCUAUCGCAUACACAAUUUUUUUCUUUUAUUUGACCUAGUGACCUAGUUUUUGACCCCAGUUGACCCAUUUUCGAACUUGGCCUAGAUUUUUGUCAAGGUAAUCAUUCUGACAAAAUUUCAUGAAGAUCAGUUGAAAAAUACAGCCUCUAUCGCAUACACAAGCUAAAUGUUGACAGACAGACAGACCACAGACGACGGACGCCGGGCAUCGAGCGAUCACAGAAAGGCUCAGGUGAGCUAAAAAUGGAAAUUUGUGUGUUAAAUUGUAUACAAACUUACAUUCAUAUUCAUGUGGCAAUGGUCACAUGGUGUGAUAAUGUGAGAAGUACCAUUAGAUAUUAUCUCUAUUGCUAAAUAAGUUCAUAUUUCUAAAAACUUUAAAUUUAAAUCAAGUUUGUUAUUUGCAGUUUUCAUAAGUGUUUUAAUUUCUACACUUUAAAGAUUUAUGUAUUUGGUGAUUCUAGAAGAACUGUUUUCGGUACAGAAAAAAAUAAGUGAUUGAUAUGGUAUUUGUAAGGUAGGAGUUGCCAAGUCUCCAUUACAGUGGAAACAAAACAUGCAACAUUAUAUUGAUAUUGAGACAAGUAUUAACAAGGCAACAGCCAUGCAGUAACUGUUGUAGUAAACGCAGUUUUAUAUUUAGGAAAGAGCUGUUUGGAAAACAGUCAUAACACCUUCUUUAUUUUAUAUGAGUUACUACUGUUUUCUCGAUCAGCCCUAGAAUGGUAUACAUUCUAUCAUAUAUCAGAGUGAACUUGAUGGUCUAGUGGUCAGAUGCUAGACUACAAUACCAGGGGUUGCUAGUUCUUUGUUUCUUCAUGUGGAAUAUCAGACAUUCGAAUAAGAAUGCUUUACACCUGGCAUGCCAAGUUGAAGCAUCUACAUCUUAGAAUCUUCUGGAAUCACCCGUAUGGGUUACCAGCAGAGACUAUAAAUAAACUUAGGUAUACUUACAGUGUCCUAUAUCAAACUAUUUGAUGUGAAGAGUUAUAUUUUGAUAGAAGUAUAUAAAGUAGAAUUUUACGGACAAGUAAUAUCCGCCAGUAUCAUAAAAGUGAAAACAAAUUGUGCCAGCUUUUAUAUUCAGAUAUAAUACUUACAAAAAUGGUCAUAUGAUUUUAUCAUAAAGGUGGAAUACUAG